AUGAUCUCCCGACUUCUCUCCAACGACCUCCCGCGCAGCCGCUGGCUCACCGCCUUGCUGGUGGUCCUGUUCCUCGGCCUGCUGUUCGCGCCCUUCCUGUUCCCCGGCGUGAAGGCACUCAAUGUGGCGGCCAAGGUGCUGAUCUUCGUGGCGCUGGUGGCCAGCUUCGACCUGUUGCUGGGCUACACCGGCAUCGUGAGCUUUGCCCACACCAUGUUCUUCGGCAUCGGCGCCUAUGGCGUGGCGAUCUCGCUGAACUCGGCGGAGCAGGCGAGCUGGGGUGCGCUGGCCGUGGGGGUGUUCUGCGCGCUGCUCGUCUCGCUGCUGCUGUCGCUGCUGAUCGGGCUUUUUUCGCUGCGGGUGAAAGCGAUCUUUUUCGCCAUGAUCACGCUCGCCGUGGCCUCCGCCUUCCUCACGCUGGCUUCGCAGUUGUCCGACUUCACCGGCGGCGAAGACGGCCUGAGCUUCCGCGUGCCCGAACUGCUCUCACCCGGUUUCAUGCUGCGCGAAGAGCCGUUGGCCACACCGUUUGGCGAGGUCGAUCUGAACGGCCGGCUGAUCACCUACUACCUGAUCUUCGUGGCGGUCACCGCGAUCUUCCUGACCAUCCUGCGCAUCGUGAACUCGCCGUUCGGGCGCGUGCUGCAGGCCAUCCGCGAGAACGACUUCCGCGCCGAGGCGCUGGGCUACCGCACGGUGGUGUACCGCACGCUGUCCAACGUGCUUUCGGCUUCGUUCGCCACGCUCGCGGGCUGCCUGCUCGCGAUCUGGCUGCGCUACCAGGGGCCCGACACCUCGCUCUCGUUCGAGAUCAUGCUGGACAUCCUGCUCAUCGUCGUGAUCGGCGGCAUGGGCACGCUCUACGGCGCGCUCAUCGGCAGCGUGAUCUUUGUGCUGGCGCAGAGCUACCUGCAGGACCUGCUGCGCGUGGCCGGCACCGCCACCGAAGGCAUUCCGCUGCUGCCCGCGCUGCUCACGCCCGACCGUUGGCUGCUCUGGCUGGGCGUGCUGUUCGUGCUGUCGGUGUAUUACUUUCCCACCGGCGUGGUGGGCAAGCUCAGGGAGCGCGCGGUGCUCGCGCGCUUGAAGGGCCUGAAAUGA